AUGGCAAUUGAAAUCAUCAACUUUAACCAACUCAUCCAAAGACAAUCUUUGGAUAGAUUCCCAAACACACUAUUCCCAACCAACUAUUACUACAUUGUAUUUUGUAUCAUUGUUUUCUUAUAUACCAUCCAAAAGCGUGACAAGAAGUCGUCAAGUCGCUUUAUGGACAUUCUCUCAUCAACUCAAUCAAUCAGUAUUUUACAAAAUGUUUGUAAAAAUCCAGCUUUAUCUCUGACUAGAGAUAGAUUGAGUUGUAAUCGUUUGAGUGUCAGACUGGACGAGAUGGCAUUAAAAAGUGGAUUGAACUUUUCGGAUGUAAAGUCAAGAGUUAAAUGUUCUAGUGUCCUUGGUAAACAUUGA